AUGAAAGCACACACACGUGAGUUUGUAAACAAGAAUGAGUGAGUGGGUGGAGGAGGACGGCCAUUCUCCCAGCUCAAUAAUAUGAGGCCUUCUUGGGUUUCCUUGGCACUGCUUGCCAACAUCCUGUGUCUGUGUCAGAGCUACACCUUGAGGAGCUCCGUGUCCUGGGUGGUGUCCUCCAACGAUGUGGUGGAGGACGGGGACUUGUCGGAGGAGGUCGCCCCGGCGCUGCUGGUGGACAGUGCGGGGCUGUGGAAACAGGCUUAUCCGUCCUCCAGCGUCCUCGGAGACGGCGCGGAGAGCCCCGGAGAGCUGGUCAAGCCCGAAAGCGACAGAGCUGCGCAGCUUUCCUCUCGCCUGUUUUCGUAUCGGUUAGAGAAGGUGAAGAAGUCUGCCAGCAGCUCUCCUACCCCGCACCAGGAGACAGCUAAGACUGCCAGAUACAUAGCUCAUUACAGUGACUGGGGGUACCUGGCCACCAUUUCCACUCAAGACAAGAUCAAAGGACUUCCCUUUGGAAACAUCUUCUCUGUGAGUGAUGGACCACUGGACAACAGCACCGGAGUCCUCUAUUUUUAUGUGACUCCAAUGGAUAACACUGUGGCAGACCUGAAAAGUAACCCCUAUGCUUCUCUCACCUUCUCAGAGGCCGAGGGGGAAUUCUGCAGGCAAAUGGUAUAUGAUCCAGAGGAUCCCAGAUGUGCUCGACUCACACUCACAGGCAAGAUGGUGGAGGUGGCCCCAGAGGAGCUUGAGUUUGCAAAGGAGGCAGUGUUCUCAAGACAUCCUGUCAUGGCAAAGUGGCCAGUGGGACACAAGUGGUUCUUCAUGAAGCUGGAGUUGAUUCAGGUUUGGCUGCAGGACUGGGUUGGGGGGACAUCGCUCAUUCCAUUGGAGGACUACUUUAAAGCUACGCCUUUCUGAGAAUAUCCCUCCGCCUGAAUCCUCAGCUUACAAAUGCUGAUCAGCUGAGCUGUCUGCCGCAUGGAUAUCACUCCAGUAAUGUGUGAGAAUUCACAAAUUCACAAAGGAGAGAUUGUUCUUCACUCCUAUAUUUUCUCUUCUCUCUUAUCUUGGUUUGUCACACAAGAUCAGUUACCUGUGUUUGAUGCCUGAAUGUAUUUAUAGUCAAUAAACCAGUUAAACUGAUCACAUCUGUGAAUGUAAUCUAUAUAAAGCACUGAUUACUGUUUUAUGUGUUCACACUGUUCACACUGAGUUGUGUGUCGGUUUUUUUUUUUUUUUUUUAAUAAAAUGAAUAUGGAGCAUAUUAUUUAAAGUCAAUAUAGAUUUUUUUUUUUGUCUCCUGGACCUGUUAACCUUUCAUAUUUGUGUCUCAAAAUGAACGAUAUGUUAUUAACAACAGAGCAUCGAAAACGUAUCACAACUGGGACGUUUUACUAUUUCAUAAACUAUAGUAGCUCAUUUUGAAUUUGAUGAGAACAGCACAUCUCAAAACAGUUCAUUUUGAUGGGUGCAGCAAAAGGCCAGAAAAGUCACUGGUGUUAAAAAUAAACAGCUGGAAGAACAUUUUGCAACUAAGUUGGUUAAUUGGUGACAGGUCAGUAACAUGAUUGGGUAUUAAAAAAAAGCACAUCUUACCGAGGCAGAGCUUCACCAGUCUACAAAAAACUCUACAAAGGCAAAAUGGAAAACUGUUCUGUGGAUGAGUGAUCUGGAAAGAUCAUUUCGUUAUGUGCACAACGACAAUGGGUUGAAUCUAACAUCUAAAAGUCCAGCAGACUUGUUAAAAGAAGAGGGGACGCUACAUGACCCUCUCCUAACAUUUUUGAGAUGUGCUGCUGCCAUCAAAUUCAAAAUUAGCUAAUGUAUAUAUAUAUUUAUAAAAUAGUAAAAUGUCUGUUUAAACAUUUUAUGUGCUUCUAAUGUUCUAUUGUGAGUAAAAUAUGUGUUUACAAAAUU